AUGGCGGCGCCGCCGCAACCGCCGGCGUCGCUGGACUACUGGCGGGGCUUCUUCAGCGGCGCGCGGGCCAGCAUCUUCGACGCCAUCGACGCCGCCAUCCGAGUAGCCGCCGCCGACCACCCCGACGCCCUCCGCGCGCGCCGCGACGCCAUCGCCGAGCGCCUCUACACCGCGCUCAUCGCCCUACCCGCGCCAGAGGCGCCGGGGCACCCCACCCGUGGCCGGCCGCCGCUCCUCCUCCCCGAGGGCGCGGGCAGCGUGCCCAGCCUCUGCAGCUUCGACCGCGCCGAGGUCGUCAACAACGGCGGCGGCGGCGCCGCGCCAAGGAACAAGAGCGAUGACGACGUCGUCGCCGAGGCGUUCCGUGUCAAGGCGGCUCUCUCCAAUGCUCAAGAGAAGUCAGAGGCCGAGCUGCUCGAGUUUCUCGGGAGGCUGGGGCAGCUGGAAUUCACGGUGGACGCUAUCAGGGCUACUGAGAUUGGAAUGGCUGUGAAACCGCUGCGAAAGCAUGGCUCGAAGCAGAUUCGGCAACUCGUCCGAUCGCUUAUUGAAGGUUGGAAGGCUACUGUUAAUGAGUGGGUGAACAAUGGAGAUCCCAUUGUAGAUCAUACACCACAAUCAGUGGAUGCUUCUUGCCUGGAUCAGGAAGAAGGGGGUCUGCCUUCCCCUCCAAUGGAUGAGGCAGCCUUGUUUGCAGCACCAUGUACUUCAAUCCAGCUAUCCGAGUUCUUCGAUGAAAUGGAUGAUGAUGGAAACAUUAGGAGUGAUGCCAAGGAUGGUGGGCAGUGUAAUCCGGCAAGCCAAGAGUCAGUGAACAAGCAGUCACCUACGGGCCAAUGGUAUGACCCAGAGCAGAACUGGAAACUUGACCAGUAUGCUAUGAAGCAAUCGCGACCAAAUGAAGCAUUCAACUGGCAAACAAGGCAGCAAUCUAAUCCAGGGGCGCAAGUGAAGGUGUCAAGUGCAGCUUUUGGUCCAGGGAGACCUCAGAUAUCGCAUACGGGGCCGAAAUGUUCGGAAGUGAAGCCAAAGCAGCAGCAAGAUGUAUCAGUGGCUCAGAGAAGACCGAAACCGACAAUGCCUAAGCCACCAACUCAGCAUGAUGACAAUUCGGUCCAGGCCAAGCUGCAGCUCGCAAAGGAUGCCAAGCUGGAGGCUACAAAGCGCAAGCUUCAAGAGGGUUAUCAAGAAUUCAAUAACGCGAAGAAGCAGCGGACGAUACAAAUGGUGGAUCCGCAAGACCUGCCAAAGCAAGGGAACCGAAACCUAGCGCUGAACGGCAAGCCAAGAAACAACAACAACAACAACAAUAGGAAUCGGCAGGGCAUCCGCCGCUGA